AUGACACCUUCUGACGACAAUUUAGUCCCUGCUUGUCUAAAAGUCCUUCUUACGAAGCCUCGCACAGGACGACCCUAUAACGGGCAGGAAAUGCAGACCCGAGAUAUUGCAUUGCGGCAUCAUAUUCGAUCAAUUUACCAGGAUCGCGGGUCAUGGGAGGGUCUCAUCCCGAGGAGUAUUGAGACGUGGCCAGUACCAUUGGCGGGAGAUGCUGCUACUGCUGAGCUUGAGGGCGAGUACUGUGCUUCUUUGGAGACUAAACUCUACGGUUCUGCGCUGCGUCGUCUACCUGUCUUCAACACAACUGCAGAGGACCUGGUCACUUUUCUUUCCGUCAUGAAGGAGGUUGAGGUAGAGGGUCUUGAAAAGAGACUUGGCGUGAGGAUACCGGAGAUGUUUUUUCCGGACUUGGAAGUCUUGAGAGUUUCUGCGAUCGAGGCGUGGGGUCGGAUGGUUAAACUUGGACAAAUUUCAGCUCAGGAUAUAUUGCUUAAGGUUUUUGAUCAAGAUGGUUUUCGUAUCGAAAACACAUCGAAACUUGAAUACUUUCUCACGAAUCAGACGGCCUGUAUUAGAAACAUCCAGAAUCCGAAUCAAACAACCAUUUUCAGCCUUGUCCAUGACGAUCUCAAGAGUGAACAUAUCCUCAUCGAUGAAUCGAGUGGCCGGAUAACUGCCAUAUUGGACUGGGCGGAUGCGGGUCGAGGCAAUGCUGCCGUGCAUGUUUCCGGGCUAGCUCUGACGGUGGGGAAGAGGAUGGCGGUGAUGGCUGCGGAGAGGGCGGGGUAUGAUGAAGAUACAAUCUUGCAAGGGUUGUGCAAGUUCGGUGUGAGUGUGCUUUGA